GGCGAGCAGCUACAACGGUGUUUGGUACGCAUUUCGCGCUCUCCCGCCUUAGUAACAAAAAUAACACGCUUCUGUCGUAUAAAAAUACAUAUUUAAGGAUUUAAAAUGACAGAUAAACCGAAAAGACCAAUGUCAGCGUAUUUAUUAUGGUUGAACAGCGCUAGAUCAAAAAUAAAGGAUGACAAUCCAGGAUUAAAAGUAACGGAGAUAGCCAAAAAAGCAGGCGAAAUCUGGAGGUCCAUGUAUGACAAAAGCGAAUGGGAAGAAAAGGCGGCAAAAGCCAAAGAACAAUACAUUGUAGAUUUAGAAUCAUUUAAUGCAAAUGGCGGCGGUCCCGUAGAGAAAAAAAAGAAAACCCAAAAACGCGGGAAGAAAGCGAAACCGGCGCCAAAAACAAAGAAAGUGAAACAGGACGCCGAGGACGAUGAUGAUGAUGACGAUGACAAAGAUGAUGAGAACGACAGCGAAUGAUCUCUUUAAAUUUAUAUUUUAGUUUUAAAGUUUUACUAUUUAUCAUUUUAAAUUCUGGACCAUGAAAUGAAUGUUUUUUUUCUUUCUGGCUUUUGUUACUUAGAUUUAAAUAAUACACUUUUUUGUUCGAUAACUCAUAAUAAAAUGUGCUUCAAGGAGUAUUUUCUAUAUAUAUUUUCUUUAAUUAUUAAUACAAUUUAGAAGUUUACUUGUAUUUUUAUAAAGGUAUUAUUUUAAUGAAAUUGCAUUUAUUUAACGUAGGUAAGUGUAAGUUUACUAUGCCAAGUGUUUUAUAAAAUUUUAAGUGAAAUAUUUCAUAAAAUAAUGUGAAAACCGAGCCUAUUGUUUUAUUUUUAUAAAAACAACUAAACAAAUGAAGUUCAAAAAUGUUCAUGUUACGUACACGUAUAUAGAGUAAUUUGUAUUUUAAAGUGUAAUAAUGUUUUCAAAUAAUGAACAAUCUAUUUGAAAAUUAAAUAUGAGCUAGUUUUCUGACUAAUCUUUUCUUAAACUUUUAAAGACAUUUUUGCGUAACUAAAAUCCGAGAGCUAAUUCAAUAACAAAAUACUCUUAAUUCGUAGACAAAUAGAUUUGAUAAAAUUGUAAAAUCAGUUAAAUGGAAUAGUUUAAAGUUGUCCGCCGGCCGCCAUUGCUAGGCCAGCGCGAGGCGACCCAAAAAUAAAACUUGCUAAAAAACCGGCAGCGCCGACUAGAAUCAAUAACGUAAAUACAAUACUGGCCAGCCGUCAGAGCGUCUGCGCCCUUGUUUUUACACGUGCUUCUAUCUCCGUCCCUUUCCAACGCGAUGUAACUGGAACGAGAGAGAUCGCGUUUGAGAGCUUGCUUCGCGCUGCGCGUGUCUGUUUGACAGUGUGCGCGUCGCCUUGUUCGUCAGUCGUGAACUAGCGGUAUAGCCGCGUGGGUCUGCAGCUAUGCCCAAUGAAGUGAUGAUAAAACAAGAGUUCGACAGUGACGCUUCCAUGUCGCCGCCGGUAGGGCGCUUAGUCGACUGUAACCAAGCUGAAGAUCGAAAGAUGAUAAGGUUGGUGCGGGACCGGCCUUUGCUGUACGCCCGAAGUAAUAUGCCCGUUGCCAGUUAUUACGCGCAAGUCAAAAUGCUGUGGCAGGAGGUCGCCGACGAUAUGGGUUGGAGCGUCCCUGACGUCAGAAGAAAGUGGUCGCACAUCAGAAACUCAUACUCAAGACACCUUCGCAACGAGAUCCACGGCGCCCGCACGGGAAAGGGCCGCAUGGUGUCCAGGUGGUACUUAGCUGAUGAACUGGAAUUCCUCAAAGAGCACAUGGCUACCGACGUCAGAAGAUCGUCUCCAUACCCCACGACAUACGCUCCCAGCUACCUAGAAAUUGACAUGGCGAAAAAAACAGCCGAGGACACCUUGGAUCCCUUCAUCCAUAACCCUUGGUUCACUCUCGCCACCAGUCGCACCAAGAUCGAGGACCGGGAAGACUCCAGCUCACCUCACAGCGUGCGGACGGACGCCGUGGGCUCGACCAGCCAGAGUUUCGAAGCUGACGAGAAUUCCGCGUACUUCCAAUUCUUUAGAGGAAUACAUAAUGAUUACCAGGAACUGCCCCCGAAGAAACAGAGACUAUUCAGGCGACAGUGUCUUCAUUUCCUGCACAACUUGCUGGACGACAGUGACGGCCACGAUCAGAGUAGCGCUAUUAAUUUAUCCAAUAACGCUGACAGCAAUUCCAGUGAUACAGAUAUAAACAUCUUGCCUCAUUAGUUAAUUGUAACGAUAUUGUUUAUUGAUUUUAGUCGGAUAUAAUGGCUGGGUGUUAUCCAGUAAAUAAAACUAGCAUUGGGUCUGUCUUGUCCGUUUGAUUACACGAUGCAUCAAUAUUGUAAGUUGAUAUUGUAUUUACAUAAUUCACUUCCCGACGUUUUGGAAGUAUUUUCCUCGGUAAUUUAGGGUAAGAGUUUGUGGACGAGGUUUGAUUAGAAAAUAAGUUAUUAAUGUGGCUGCGGAAGAUGACAAAUACGUAGUUAGCCAAUAAUCAAACUUCCAACAUUGCUGUGUUACUUUCAAAUGCGAAUACCAAAAUUUCUGAAACAUGAGAUCAUUUUAAUGAACCACAUUGAAUAUUAGUAUAUAAACAGCAAUUUUUUCUAGCAAGCAAAGCGAUUUCGGUAAUUAAUUGUCACUGUAUUCAUGUUUAUUAUCUUUGAAAAUUGUUACUAGCAUGGCGAUCAAGUAGGUCGCAUUCUUAAAUGUCAGCUAAGUAACCCAAUAAUCCCAUAAUAUUUAUUGAUUUUUAUAUGCACACAACAUUCCUAAUAGUAAUUAAUGUUGAUGUUUAUUUGUUUUUAAUUUAUAAAUUUAAAGAGCCGUAAUGGUUAUCGCCUGUCUACCCUUUUUCUUAUAAUGGAUGGAUGUUAUUUGAAUGAUAUGAAUUCGAGCAUACACAAAGUGAAAUUUGUAAUAAAAUAAUUAUCAAAUGAGAGAAAGAGAGCGAUUGCAAUCGAUAAAGUCUUUAUAUGAACUAUGUACACAGAUGUAGUUACCUUGAUAUUGACAGCGAUAAAGUAUACAAGUAUUAGUUUCAAAAUAGGUAUAUAUUAUAAUUUUUUUAACGCAAAUAGUGUUACCUGAAUUGGACGGUAGCGACCUACAAAAAAUCGAAACAACCGUCAUUUGUAGUCAGAGACCUGAAUAAUCUUAAAUAUCACAUCGCAAUCUUUUUUGUGACAUUCAAAGCCCGUACGCAUAUAAUUUUGUCACAGUUUAUGUGGCAAUCCGGGCAAUAAAGAAACAUCCACCGCAUCCCCUCAUUAAGACAGAUCUAAUGAACUCAGCUUUUGCGAGUGUAAGGCAUGUGAGGGCUUUAUAGUUCACGUGUAUACAUUCAUCAUCAGUUCAGUUUCAUUAGAUGGACCGACGAAUUCUGGGUUCUGGUCCCAAGUGACUACUAGCUCAUAAAAAUUAUCUACUCGACCAGAUAGGAAUUUUACGAGGUAACCAAGGCCACGAGAAACUGCUGGAUUCGAGUAGAAAAUGCGAACCUUGAAGAAACUAAGGUCGAGAAUUGUCUUUAGAAUUACGAUUCAAUCUUUAACAAUUAAUUAAGAAUUCAAGACGAGCAGGGUCUGAUGUACGUUGAUAUGACGCGGCUAACGGUACCCGAAGCUAGUGAGUGUGACGAGGGCGCCGCGCGUGAAACUAGUGCGCGGGGUGGCAGAAUAAACUUCCACAAAAACAUGUUUUAAUGUUGCCGAAGGCAGACGAGCUCACACUCUGUGGCUUGGUGCGGGUUUUUAACGUUCUCGACAGCGUAAAAGUUUAAUUUGUAUGCAGUUGGAACAGCGCCCCUAGCGCCAAACGUAGGCAAACGUUCCAACUCCAUACAAAUUUGAGUUAACUUUUACGCUAUCGAGAACGUUAAAAACUCGCAUUAAGCACACAGAUCGUGAGUCAUCAUCGAUGCUAAUGACUUUGGCAAUGCCGGCUUAAGCGAGCUUAAACUACUUAAGCCGAUCUUCGAGUGACUACUCAGAUCAUUCGCCUUUACGUUAAACCGCUACCAAGACAAUAAUGUAAAUAUUGUUCUUCAUCAGUAGACCUCUUCGUAAAUGUCGAUAAUCAUACAUAUCGUUAAUACAAUGGACACACACGGACAAAAUGAAUAUAGAAGAACACACCAGAUUGUUAAAGUGUUUCCUUAGAAAAUAAAUUAUAAAUACAUACUUUAAUAAUAGCUAUUAUUGUUUUUAAAUAUAUUGUAAUAUAAUUUUUAUGAACAAUAAAUUUUAUUGUCACGUUGUA